AUGGCUGAAAAUCAGCCCCCGUCUCAGUCUUCUCAUCAGGUGGCCAAAACCACAAUUGUCAUCGUUGGUGGCUCCCUCAUGGUUUUCUCCACCUUGAUUGCGGCGGCCACCACGGUCCUUCUCACGGUGGCCACUCCGUUGCUAGUUAUAUUCAGCCCGGUGCUUGUCCCCGCGUACGCUACAGGAAAGCACCCGAUUGGGUCCGAGAAGAUUGAUCGUGCCAGUGCGAGGAUCGGGGAAGUGACAAAGGAGAUGAAGGAGAAGGCUCAGCAUCCUGGGCAGCAACAGACUAGGGGAAGGCAGGGUCUUUAG